UUACAACAGUUAAGGGGCAGCAACCCCUUGUUAAUCUCUUUUUAACUUUGUCUUUGGCAGUAGGCGAUUCUCUGUCCAAUAAAAGGGAUCGAUAAUGUUAACGCGGCUUACAGCCCUCCAUUGUUAAUUCCUAAAUAUGAAAAAUGAGUCGUUCCUGCCGACAUUUUUUUGAGGGGGGGACGGGGGUAGGUGCAUAUUUUAUGCCUAUUUACUCUCGAUUUUCCCAGGCUAAUUGGCCGACUCCUCGCACAUAGCCUAGCCAUUAUUCCCUAUAGUGGCAACAAACAAUGAAGCAGCGCGAUUUAGCAGGUCAGCGCACUUCCCUUCGACACAACCGUGAGGCCGCAAGAUGAGUCAGUGGAAAAUAGCCCCGAGUCCUUGCCAGAUUGCUGGAGUCGGUAGUGGCUGAGGCACUUUCAUUGGCGACGUCCCCCUGGAGGAAGCUUAAUUGCCGCCGACCACGCCAGGGUCACAACACCUCUGGAAUGUCCGAAACCCUCGAAAAAAAGGGUCCCAGCGGAAUUUCUUAAACGGCAGGAAGUGGCCAAGUAAGAACAGCCUUAGGACAUUGGCUGAAGUACUAGUUUCCGUCCUGUUUUUUUGCCCCCCAUCCUCUUUUUCUUUUCAAUCUUCUUCCAUUCAUCUGCUUAUCGUAGUUAUGUCGUGUGAGCCGGACGGAAAAACCAGAACCGAUGGUUACUCCGCCGUAAUGGCCACUCGAAUUUUACGAGCCAAAGAUCUCUCUUCAGAUUAGGAGGAUGCCCUUUGGCUCGAAAUUAUUCUACGCACGUUCGCUACCCUCUUUUAUUCACUCUUCCAUGAUGGAUAAAGGAGGAGGAGGAGGGGGGAAACCACACAUUUCUAUUUUAACCGAAACUGGUUUCCCUUAGCACCGUUAGAGCUGCGGUUUCGCCCGGAUUAAAACUUUUUUUUAUUCCUAAUUUAUCCCUAACUCUCAAGGGAUUACGACCGAUUCUCGAGUUUCUUCCCUAAGUUCCUGACGAAAGGGGUAAUAAAUCUCUCCGAUCGGCCGAGAAUGUUAUGGUGUCGAUGUUUGUUCUAAAUCGAGUGAUAAAUAAGCUCGUCGGGGCGGAAAAAAACAAUUUCAAAACACAUAAAUCGAAGCGAUUUCGAAACGCCGCGACGUCUACAGUUUCUAAUACUAUGUUUGGGUAUUUUUCAGUUGUUGACUUACUAUGGGUCGGGUGCAUUAGUCAACAAUAUGUAGAAAAAGUCUAAAAGGGUAUUUGGCCGGAAGCCAGGACAGAUACUGAGAAUUUAAUGGAUUAUAAUUACUACCCCCUACUCGCUCUUCCAGGUUUUAUCGAAUACUUUCUUGUAAGUUGUCUAUCUGUCGUUCAAUCCUUUCACUCUUGAGGCAAUGGCUUCUAAGAACCACUCGAAAACCCAUAAACACCAACAGGAAGUAUUAGAGUGGCUCGAACCUUAUGUAGAUACCCCUAUUGUUUCAUAUACACCCCGUGAGAUUUCGUAAGAACUGAAAAGGGGAGUGGAAGCGAAGUUUAGUGUUCGAUGCCCAUGCCGAUUCGCUCGAUUAAACACAGAUAAGAUGCGAUCGGACGAUUAUCGCCUCCGAUCGGAUAUCCUCCACAAAACAAAACAAAAAAAAUAAUAAUUAUUAAUUAAUGCCCAGUGCAUUUAUCGAGUUAGUUCCCAUGAAAAGUUAAAAUCAUUUCCAUGAAAGCCCUAGAGGAGGUGCGAGAAACAGAAAUGAUCUUUAAGGAAAUUCAAGGUCUUGUUUCUUUUUUAACGAGUAAGAAGAGAUAAUCGAGAAGAAGAGGCAUUCCUCUUGAUGACUUUUUUUUUUGUAAACCGUACAGGUUUUGGGUCAUGCAAAAGGGCGAGCGAAUUUCAAUAAGCAGAAAAGGGGUUACACCAUUUCUUCCCCUUUUUAACGCUCCCAUUUCCGAAGCCAGUUUUGAUUUUUGUAUUCAACACAAUUAGAAAAAGCUCCGAGGCACCCGUGGCCACUCCGAAUUAAACAGGUUUGUCGGUUGGGUCCCACGUUUUGUAAAUAAGAGAAUUCACUCGCCGGAAUACUAAUUAAAAGUUAUGUAUCAUCCGACGCGUAGAAGGGUUGCCACACUCGUAAGAUUCCGUCCAACGACCCCUUUAAGAGUGUAAAAAAAUAAAAAUAAAUAAAUAAAAUUUCAAAACCCAAAAAAUUGCGGACGGAUCUCCAUUUAUCACAAUCCGCGGGUCAAGUCCCCCUUCUUGACUCCUCCACAAAUAGUGGAAACUGGCCAACCAAUCUCUUUCGAGGCGCAACAAAGGAAGAGUCUGUAAAUUACUUCGAUUUGCAUGCAGAGUCACACUUGAUAUUCACAAACUGGUAAAAGGGACGGAGAGAAAGAAGAAGGGGGGAAAAAAGCGGUAUCUCUGCUUCCAACCCGUUUGGGACGCCUAUUGUCGUCGAUUCAUCCGGCGAUAAUGCAACUCGGGCCUCGUAGUUGUAACAAGAAGGCAGGGGGCUCUUAGCCCUGCAAAGAAAGGGAAUCGGGGCCCAUACAUUAAAAGGAUCGAUCUAUCAAACUGCUGACAUAAUAAAGUGCAGUAUACUGAUCGUGUUUGGUUAUCGAUAGACCGUGCACAACCAUUAUAAUAAUAAUAAUACUAAAAAGAGAAAAAACUUCCCGAAUUUCCUCGACGGCACCGUUACGUGUGGCACUAAAACGCCAAGAGAGCUCUCUAAAGGGGGGAGGGGGAAGAUCGGAUAUUUAAAAAAAUAAAAUCUCCCGGCGCCGUUGACACCCCGAGUUAACCUUAAGAGUCUUAAUGAGAUUUCGGAACGGAAACGGGGACAAAAGCGACGACAAAACAGAAGCCUCUCCCACGCAAUCACACAAUAAAAAUUAGCGAAGGCGUCAUCCCCGGUCCCUUUCUUUCGGGCCCUCUCCGUCAGACUUUAAUACCCUCUUUCUAAAGAUGGCGCGCGCAACACUUUUCGAAAAAUUGUCGACCCACUUAUUAUUAUAGGGCAGUUAAGUCAGAAGAGCGGAGAGGAAGCGGUGAAGAGAACAUCAAAAAAAAAGAAGGGUGAGGCGAGGGGGGACGUCGGUCCAAACGGGGGGAACCGAGAUGUGGGAAUGAAUCGGACGCAUUGACAGAACGGCUUAUUUCCCGCGUACUUUCGUACGAAGGACGCGACCCGUGACGUCAUACGGGGCGGGAGAAAUUGGGCGUCACGUGAUGCGUACGUGACAACAAGAGUGAGGGACCUCCUACGGCCAACACGUGCUCGUACACACUACCUGUUCCAUCCCUCUCCGCGUCUACCUGCCACCCCUGAAGGUGAAGCGAAGUAAUCCCGGUCCACAGUCAUUCAUGGUUGACUCGCUAUAAAUAAUCACGUAGUAGAACGUCGUGCAAGGGAAAGCUUCAAUGAGGGAGUAAGCGAACCACCUUGAUGAGUAGACGUGCAACCGUUAGCGUGUUAAAAGAGCGGGAAAAAUCUUACGUCGGAUUCGCAGCUAUGGAAACGCGGUUUGUGGCUAGUUGUUUGAUUGUGUUAUUCCUGACCGGUAGGCCUUCGCUCUGCGGACGUUUGAUGGCCAAUUUCAGGCACAAGGUGGCAUACAGGAUCUACUACCAGAACGGGAAUGCGGACGACGAUUUACCCGAAUGCGCUCCCUGGUCGGUUUGCAACAGAGUGGACACCUACUCCACACCCUGGGUCGAGAAACAGUGCAGAUGUCCGGGUAAACACACCUGUUCCAUGAGCAUCGAUGCAAGAGAUGGGCACACCGUCGUCGACAAAUCGAGGCAAUUUAAGAUAUGCGAAAAUGUCGUUAAACUGCCGGCCUGUAGGUAUUUCCGUGACGUGACGUGGUCUUACAGUACCCGUCCCGAUAACACAACGCAGCAAGUUAUGCACUGCCUCUGCCCAAAAAACAGCGUGGCUUAUAUUUUCAAACACCAAGCCUUUCAAACAAUCGACGGUUACGGUUACAGAUAUUUAUUCGCCUGUUCGCCUCAGAGCCGCCUUAGAUGCCAACGAAAGGAACCAUGCAGGCUUUUUACGGUCAAAAAACGACCGGACGUCGAAGAGGUCAACACUAACACUUUGUGUCAAUGUCCUCACGGUUAUACGUGUCCUCAGCAUCAUACCGAACCGAGCGUCAUCACGGGCACUUCGUAUCCUCAAGAACACAUAAGGACUUACAGUGGAUAUUGCGCACCCCAAUAUCUUUAGUCGCUGGAUGUUUCGUACCAUCCAACGAACUUAUAAUUAUGUACAUAACAUGUUUGGUAUCAAGUGUGCCAUAAAUUUGUACAGGUUCGUUUGCCAAAAUCUAACAUAUGUACAUAGUCGAUAAGAUGAUUAUGAGGGAUAUCUUAACAAAAACA